AUGGUGCUGAUUCCUGGACUACUGGAUAUGCGAGCCCUUCAAUCACUCUUGGCAGCCUUGGGACUGAAUGUGAUGGCAAUUCUUAGCUCGAUGCAGGGUGGAAUUCCAAUGCACCACAUACCUCAACAUGCCCCACAGCCUUUACUAGCAGCUCUCCCACCUCCAGCUCCUGUUAUUGACCCACAACCCCAAGCUGAACCACCACUGAAUGCACUCAACCAUGUCCUUCAAUGGCUUGAGACCAUUGAGAAGUUGCUCAAGCACCCACAACAUGAUGAAGACAACGAUGCUGAUGAUGAAGGAGACAUGCGCCAAUGCAAGAAACCAAGGAAGGACGGCAAAUUUAUCUUGAACACAUGGACUGAUCAGUUGAUGCCUGCACAAAAAACAAUUUGUGCUGAACUCCAGGACCGUAUCUGUGUUGUGAUUUACAACCUCACUGGGAUUGUUGCCUCCAAUAUCAGGAAGCCAAAGGACUUGGAUGAUGAAGAUUCUUCUGACAAUGAGGAUGAGACCCAAGAUGACAGACUGCUGAUGUUUGAUUUCUGA